UAAACAUAAUUUCAUGCAACUGUUUCACAAUUUAUCAUGAUUACAUAUCAGAAAGGAACAUGACAAAACUAUUACUAACAGGAAAUGAAGCAUGGCGUGACCUAGUUCCGAGCUAAACUCAUAUAAACACAGAUUGGCUCUAAACACAGACUAGUCUUAUGAUUGUAAAUAGAUAUUUUACAUUAAGUGUGAUCACUUAUUUAAUAAUAUAACCAAAUUCAAUUUAAGCACAACCUACUGUUGCUGCUGUUUGAUUGCUACAAACAACUCUGAUAAUAUGCCUUUCAAGAGAAGCAUCCAUCCAAUUCAGGUUUACAUUUUGUGUCUGUUUUUCUACACAUCGAUGGAUUGCCACUCCCAAGGUUCCAUUGAAAUAAAUAUACGGUAUGAAAACUAUCAGGGAAAACUGAAAAAUGGACAUACUUGUGACAUUUUCAACUUUCAGUGUGAUGUAUUUUGCGUGAUACGUGUUUAUGAAAGCUCACCGCAGCAAACACAAAUGUACUUAAUUCAUGAAGAAAAGACUCCGGUAAUUAGAAAUACUGGAUGGUUAACGAAGAGAAUAUUGCUAAGUGUUUAUCCGUCAUCGAGUUCAGACCAAAAUGAGGUGAAGACAUAUUUUUUAGAUAUGAAUUUUUACGAUGAUGAUCCAUUCACGUCUAGUGACAAUAUAGCCAAGGUUUAUGGCACUUUACAAUUUACAUCAGUUAACCUGCCUACACCGGUCGCAUUGACUUCAGACAAUCCAUAUAUAUCUGUUAAAGCUGAUGCACGGAUCACAUGCAGGCAGCACUACUAUUCUACAAACUGCAAUGUAUUUUGCAUUCCCCUUGAUUCAGUUUACACAUGCGGUAAAAAUGGAGAAAAAUUAUGUGCACCCGGAAGAACAGGACCGGAUUGUAUCAGAGAUUACUGUGCAGCAAAGUCAUGUCCUCAUCCAACAGUGUGCAAGAAUUUACCUGACAAACACAAGGCUAUAUGCAUCUGCCAGGAAAAAUAUGGCACUGGAUGUGAUGCGUGUCUUUCAAACCCAUGCAAAAAUAAUGGUCAAUGUCAAACAGUCGAAGAUGAUGAAAUUGUCUGCACGUGUUCUGACAACUGGACAGGUGAAUUGUGUACAACUUCCACAGAAAGGAAUACAUCUUAUCGACAUCAGCCUUCACUGCUUAAAGCAGAGUACCCCAACAAACCAAAAUGCCUGAAUGGUGGAAUUAUUGACCAGAACCAUGCACACAACAGAUGCAUAUGUAAACAUGAGUGGACAGGAGUUCGUUGUGAGACGAUGAAGAGUAAUGACAGAGAGGUGAAAGUUGAGAUGGUUCUUACAGUCUGCCUAACUUUUCUCUUACUCAUCGUUCUUGCUGGCUUUCUUAAUUACUAUCUAAAAUACAAACGCAGUAAAAAGUCGCUUGAAGAACAAUUAUUCUAUCAACUAGCUAAUAGAUUGUCAGCCUAUUCCACCCUUCCUCCACCAUAUUCAGUUGCUAAAAAUUCAGAAGCAAAUGAAGCUUUACCUUUAAAAAUUAGUCAGGAGUCUCACAAUAAUCUUGAUGAAGUAAAUCAUCAUGGUAGUAUAAGUCUCCCAACUGUGAGUUUGUCUAAUGAAGAUACUCUAUUCGAUGAGCAAAAACGUUGAACAGACAAAAUAUUCUCAACUUUCAAGUUUUGCAUCCACAUCGUUCAUUACUGAACUUCCUUAUGAUGAUAUUGAUUUGAGCAUCUUACAAAGAAACAAUUUAAUAUUACUUAUUAGUUGGGUAGAAUGUUAUUGAUUAAUUCUUUGACUUAUUCAUUACAACACUUAUGGCAAACAAAUUUUCUUCUUGGAUCUAGUCUAUGCAAAACACCGAUCGAUGUAAAACUGACUGAAUUUUUAACAAAGCAACUUCAGAUUGCUGUUGAUAUGUAUGUAAAGUAACAGACAACUCCUCAUGCUACUAUGUGACUGUUUUCUAAUCAAUCCAUAGUCAAUCUAAAAUUCAUCGCUUCUGUA